AUGGCGGACAUUCACCGAGUUCUCCGUCGUCUGCGUCGCAGAAGGAAUCGAAAUCAGAAUCAGCACCGCGUUCCAGUUUUUCGGAGAUUACAAAACCCUCUUCAAACACUCCCAGACGCCGAUGUCUUCGAACGGUUUCGAUUUCGUCCAUGCACCAUUAUGUACAUAUUGUCACUGAUUCGAUGCACACUGGAGAGACCGACACACAGAAGCCAGGCACUUUCGCCUCUCACCAUUUUGCUGUGUUCUCUUCGGUUUUUCGCAACCGGUAGUUUUUACACUUGUAUUGGAGAUACACUCGGGUUAUCGGAGGCAACAGUGUCGAGGUGUGUAACGACUGUUGCGUCUUCCCUUUGCCGCCUUUCCAACCGUUUCAUUAUUUUCCCAACAGGACAAGCACUAAAAAGAGUCAAGCAGGACUUCUUCGCUCUUGCAGGAUUUCCAAAUGUUGCUGGUUGUGUUGAUGGCACAUUUGUCAGACUGCAGGCACCCUGUCAAGAUGAACAAGACUAUGUCAACAGAAAAGGAUACCACUCUCUAAAUUGCCAGAUGACAUGUGAUGCUGGUUUCAAAAUAACCAGUUGUGUAGCAAAGUGGCCUGGAAGUUGCCAUGAUGCGCGAAUGUUUCGUGACAGCAACCUCCGUCACAAAUUUGAAAAUGGGACAUAUGAAGGAUUCCUCCUGAGUGACAGUGCUUAUCCAACCAGGCAGUUUCUCAUGACACCUUAUAAUAAUGCAUUGUCACAGCAGCAACAGAAUUUCAACAACGCGUUGUGUAGGACAAGAGUAACAAUUGAACAAACAUAUGGGAUUCUCAAACGAAGAUUCUCUUGCCUCCAUACUGGCCUCAGGGUCAGCCCAAAUAGGGCAGCACAAGUUAUUAUUGCUUGUGUAGUUCUUCACAACAUUGGUAUUGAGCAGGGUGACAUCAUUGACCAUGACAACCAGAAUUUAGGUGACGAGGGCAAUUUUGAUAUAAAUUACUGUGGUGUUCAAGACGGGGCAGGUGUAAGGGACCAUAUUUGCCGCACAUUCUUUUAA